UUGGUCCAUGCGGAGACCAUGGAGUCCCGUGAUCAUCAUUUGAUGGUUGCAGCGCCUGGAUCGGAUGACGAUUGAUAAACGCUUGAUCAUGACUUUUGAAUAACUCCAUGGCAGCAUCGGCGGAAGCAAUCACUAGCGUAUUCACCGCACCCAUACGUAUCAUGAAAACCGGUCCGUAUUUCUUUUGAAGUUGUACCAAUCUUUUGUGUGGCGCCUUAUAGUUAUAGCCUAAAUCUAAGAGGUUUCCGAUCAAUGGCCAACCUGGAGGACCCGGUGGUAAUCGCCUUGAGUUGGUACUACUUUUCCAACCAUGAAAAGUGUUGAGGAGCAGAAGUAACAGAGCAGCUGCCAAUGCAAGGGAAAUGGCUGUCCAGACGAACAUACCAUUUGUAUAGAUAGGAUCUUUCAUUCUGCAGGAUUGGUUUCAGUAUUAACAACUAAUUCCUUGUUUUUGAGGCAGAGAUAUAAGCAGGAUCUUUACGCGUUCCAAUUAUUCAAACUAAAUGAUGCAUCUCACAACAUGCAGUAAACUAAUGCAAUUAUUCACUAACCAGCCGGGCUUUGUGGCGCACAAAACCUUCCGUAUAUCCAAGGGGCGCAAAUUCUUCCCAAUCCGAGGUAGAUGCAAAAUGCAGAUCUUAUGGGUCAAUUUAGGAUCUUUCAUUCUGCAGAUUCAUCUGAAAAAUGUCCUUCGAUCUCUUUAAUUGGUGAUAACAAUAAUAACAGGCCAGCAAAUCAAAGAACAUCUCAUGCAUUGAUUUGGGUUUCUCUACCAGGGUUGAGAUUGGAAUACUGGGAUGAACAUACAUUGUUUACUAUUUGUGAUGAAAUUGGUAAUCCAGUGAAAGUUGAUAAUGCUACUCUUAAAUAUUCAAGUGGUUUUGCCGCAAAGGUUUUGGUAGAAAUUAAUCUUGCCAAUCCAAUUCCUAACAAGUUAUGGAUUAUUACAAAGUAUGGUUGUUUUUCUCAGGAAGUUUUACUACAUAAUCUUCCAAAAUUCUGUUCUAAGUGUAAGAUUGUUGGUCAUAGCUUAUCAUAAUGUAGAUUCCAGAAAGGAUCUUCAAAUGUUAAUCCCACAACAUCUUCAUCUCAGGGUGUGAAGAAUCAAGCUGAAGUACCUAAAGUGAAUAAUAUUCAAAAGCCUUUUGAUAUUUGUCCACCUCCAGAAGUUCCUAUGAAUGUGGUUAAUCAUAUAACAUCUACUAAUGUUGCUCCUCCAGUGAGUAAUGAAAUUCCUAUCUCAAGUGGAAGAUUUAUCUCUUUACAGGAUGAUGAAGUAAUUGUGGCUGAAAACAAUUGUAGUCCCAGAAAAGAACAAGAUUUUCUGACUCCUACAAAAAUUCUUAAAGUGGUUGAAGAUAAUUCAUUGGAAAAAAGUGAAGUCAAGUUUGUUAAUUGUAAAAAAGGUACAGUAUCUACUGAACAAAUUCCUGUAACUUCAUGGUCAAGAGUGGUUCAAAAACCUCCAUCUGCAAAGAAUGAUUCAGUAGACAAAUAAAUCUCAAUUGGUCUGUUAACUAAUUCUCAAGAUUCUUCAA